AUGAAAGGUAAAUUAGAAACAGAGAUAGUAGUUGAAGUAGAGGAAGAUAAAAUAGAGGAAAUGGAAGUAGAGGAAGUAGAAGUAGAGGAGGAGAAAGUAGAGGAAGUAUGGUUUGAUUGA